CCCACCCAUCCUAUCAAACUCACUCUGAUACUCUUUUCUUUUCUCUGCAAAAUCUCAAUCUCAUAGAUGAUUGGCAUAGAAUUUCAUUUUCAUGUGCUAGCUAGCUAGGGCAUGAAAACCUUCAAGCUCCUCUUUCUGGAGUCCAUUUCCAUAGCUCCAACAACAUUGCUUAUCAUGUGAGAGUAACAGGAAAAGUGAGGCUUUGGUUAGUUAAUUGGACCUGGGAGUUCAAUUAUUUAAUAUAGCAAGUGUGAUGUAGGAGAGCUGACAGAUGAAUCAGAAUCGUUCGGACUUAAGAAUUCAUCAUUCUGGAUCAUCACAGUCGGAGGAGUCAGCCCUGGACCUAGAAAGGAACUACUAUGGCCAUCCUAAUCUUUCAUCUAGUCCUUCACCCUUGCAACCUUUUGCACCAGGCACUCAGCAUGAGAGCAAUGCUGCCUACUUUUCUUGGCCUACGUUGAGUCGCUGGAAUGAUGCAGCGGAAGAUAGGGCCAACUAUUUUGGGAACCUUCAAAAGGGAGUGCUACCUGAGACUUUGGGUCGAUUGCCGACCGGACAGCAAGCUACUACCUUGCUUGAACUGAUGACUAUUAGGGCAUUUCAUAGCAAGAUCUUACGGCGAUUCAGUCUUGGUACUGCAAUUGGAUUUCGGAUUAGAGGAGGUGUCUUGACUGAUAUUCCUGCUAUUCUUGUCUUCGUUGCCCGUAAAGUUCAUAGACAAUGGCUCAACCAUGUGCAGUGCCUACCUGCUGCCCUUGAGGGGCCAGGAGGUGUUUGGUGUGACGUUGAUGUUGUGGAAUUCUCCUAUUAUGGCGCACCUGCACAAACUCCUAAAGAACAAUUAUAUACAGAUCUUGCUGAUGGCUUAAGGGGAAGUGAUUCAUGUAUUGGCUCUGGUUCUCAGGUUGCGAGCCAAGAGACAUACGGAACCUUGGGCGCUAUUGUCAAAAGCCGAACAGGAAAUCGAGAAGUUGGCUUUCUAACAAAUCGACAUGUAGCUGUUGAUUUGGACUAUCCGAACCAGAAGAUGUUUCACCCGCUACCACCCAGCCUUGGACCUGGUGUUUAUCUUGGUGCAGUCGAGAGAGCAACAUCAUUUAUUACUGAUGAUCUUUGGUAUGGUAUUUUUUCUGGAACGAAUCCAGAAACAUUUGUGCGAGCCGAUGGGGCCUUUAUCCCAUUUGCAGAAGAUUUCAAUAUGCACAGUGUAAUUACAUCUGUAAAAGGUGUGGGUGAGAUUGGUGAUGUCAACAGCACAGACUUGCAGUCUCCAAUCAACAGUCUUAUUGGUAGGCAAGUGAUUAAAGUUGGAAGAAGUUCUGGUUUGACUACAGGGACUAUAAUGGCCUAUGCACUAGAGUACAAUGAUGAAAAAGGAAUUUGUUUUCUCACUGAUUUUCUUGUUGUUGGAGAGAACCAGCAGACUUUUGACCUUGAAGGUGACAGUGGAAGCCUCAUUCUAUUGACUGGUCGGAAUGGGGAGAAGCCACGCCCUGUUGGCAUUAUCUGGGGCGGCACAGCUAAUCGAGGUCGUUUGAAACUAAAAGUUGGCCAACCACCAGAAAAUUGGACAAGUGGUGUUGACCUUGGCCGACUUCUUGAUCUUCUGGAACUUGAUCUCAUAACAACAAAUGACGCACUCCAAGCUGCAGUGCAAGUGCAAAGGAAUGGUUCUGCUGCCGGAUUUGAUUCUACAGUUGGAGAAUCCUCUCCUAUUGUGCCAAUAAAAGGAAGGCUUGAAGAGAGCUUUGAGCCUUUUUGCUUGAAUGUGCGGCCAGUUCCUUUUGAAGAUGAACCCUCUCAGAGAGUCAACCCAUCAUUAAGGCCCUGUGAAUUCCAUAACAGAAAUGAAACUGAAACAGGUCAAAAUGUAGAACUCCAGUUCAUUCCGAGUUAUGCAGGCAAGUCUCCAGUUCGUCAGCGCUACCCAAAAGAAGAUUUGGAAUUUAAAAGUCUUUCUGAACUUCGAAAUGGCCCUGAUGAAGAUAAUUUUGUUUCCUUGCAUUUAGGAGAACCUGAAGCGAAAAGGAGAAAACAUUCAAACUCUUCUUUUCACAACAACGAAUUCAAGUAAAUAGUAGGGGUUAAACUUAAGUAUAAUGCAGCAUACAGACUUAAAUGAUGGGUCUGUCUCAUUUUCAUGGCUGUUCUUGAGCAUAUAUGGUGUCUAGUACGGGAGGUGCUUCAAAAGCAAAGGUUAAACAAGGCCUGGCUAAAAUUCUUAUUUUUUUUAUUUUUAUGCUUAAGUGAUAUUAGUCACCUGUGGGCUAUGUAAUAUUAUAGAGGACAUUUAGGUUGCACUGUUUUAUAUGAAUCUUCGAUUUAUACCACUUUGUUGACUCUAUGAUAAGCACUCCUGAAGGGGGAGCUGCUAUUGUAAGUUAGAGGAAUGUAAAGCAUAUCCUUGAAUCUAUCCAGUAUCAUAUUUUAGCAUCAUGCUUUAGCUUCA